GCCGCGGUGUGCGCGGGGACGCUGCGUGGUGACGCAGCAGGAGGGGUUGAGGCGGCACUGCCCGCCCUUCCUCCACCUCUUCCUCCUCCUCUUGCCGCUCCGCACCCGCCGGUCAGUGACAGAGCGGCGGACCCAGCCGCCAGCGCCGCCGCCGGGGCCCCGCAGCCGCCGCUGGGCCCGGGGGAGCAGCCGGCGCUGCCGCUGGCCAUGGUGGCCCGCCUGCCGCCGGGGGGGCAGGAGCAGGCGCGGCGGCGGCGGCCGCCAUUGCGCGCGGGGGCCGCGGGACUAUGAAGGAUGGAAGCAGACGAGGUGACGAUCCGCGAGCAGAACUUCCACAGCCAAGUGCGGGAGUACACGAUCUGUUUUCUCCUAUUUGCUGUUCUCUACAUAGUUUCCUACUUCAUAAUCACAAGAUACAAAAGGAAAGCAGAUGAGCAAGAGGAUGAAGAUGCCAUCGUUAAUAGAAUAUCGCUGUUCUUGAGCACCUUCACUCUAGCAGUUUCAGCUGGUGCAGUCCUGCUUCUACCUUUCUCAAUAAUCAGCAAUGAGAUCCUGCUUUCUUUUCCACAAAACUACUAUAUUCAGUGGUUAAAUGGCUCACUAAUUCAUGGUUUAUGGAAUCUUGCUUCUCUUUUUUCAAACUUAUGUUUGUUUGUGUUGAUGCCCUUUGCCUUUUUCUUCCUGGAAUCGGAAGGGUUUGCUGGCUUAAAAAAGGGCAUCAGAGCACGCAUUUUGGAAACCCUUGUAAUGCUUAUUCUUCUUGCACUGCUUAUCCUUGGCAUCGUAUGGGUGGCUUCAGCGCUCAUAGACAAUGAUGCUGCCAGUAUGGAGUCUUUGUAUGACCUCUGGGAAUUCUACCUCCCGUAUUUAUAUUCCUGUAUAUCACUGAUGGGAUGCUUGUUACUUCUGUUAUGCACACCAGUGGGACUUUCACGGAUGUUUACAGUAAUGGGUCAGUUACUGGUGAAGCCAACAAUCCUUGAAGACCUAGAUGAGCAGAUGUAUAUCAUCACGUUAGAGGAAGAAGCAAUUCAGAGGAGGCUUAACGGCGUAUCUUCCAUGGUGGAAUACCAGACAGCAGAGUUGGAACGAGAGCUUGAAAAAGUGAAAAGCAAGAAAACGAAUUUAGAACGGCGGAAGAAAGCUUCUGCUUGGGAAAGGAAUUUAGUCUAUCCAGCUGUUAUGAUAUUGCUACUGAUUGAGACAUCCAUCUCAGUCCUCUUAGUUGCUCUCAACAUUCUUUACCUGUUGGUUGAUGAGACUGCAAUGCCAAAGGGAUCAGGGGGGCCUGGAAUAGGAAAUGCCUCCCUCUCCACCUUUGGUUUUGUGGGAGCAGCACUUGAAAUCAUUUUGAUUUUCUAUCUUAUGGUAUCCUCUGUCGUCGGCUUCUACAGUCUUCGCUUUUUUGAAAAUUUCACUCCCAGGAAGGAUGACACGACUAUGACAAAGAUCAUUGGAAACUGUGUCUCAAUCUUGGUGCUAAGCUCUGCAUUGCCAGUGAUGUCAAGGACACUGGGAAUCACCAGAUUUGAUCUUCUUGGAGACUUCGGAAGGUUUAACUGGCUGGGAAACUUCUAUAUUGUAUUAUCUUACAACUUGCUCUUUGCUAUCAUGACAACGUUAUGUCUGGUCAGAAAGUUCACCUCCGCUGUGCGAGAAGAGCUCCUGAAGGCAUUAGGAUUAGAUAAACUUCACCUGUCAAACAAUCCCAGAGACUCGGAGACAAAGCCGUCUGCAAACGGGCAUCAGAAAACACUGUGAUUAACAAUCACCUGCAAUCAACAGAGCUGAAAACGUCAACCUCAUGGCAUUCCUGUCAUCUCAUCAGCAUUUUUAUAUUGAUUUUAUUUGUUGAUAAUUUGGGUCCAGCCUUGUCUCAUUUUUUGAUGCUGUGUGCUUCUGAGGAAGUUAGGUAUAUCAGAUUCUUCUCUUUCCAGUGAACUUUUGGUCUGCUUGUUUAUUUCCCAGUUAGUUAAUGCAGGAGGUGCCUUGAAGACUGGAAGCUGAGGAGAAUAAUGCAUUCCUUUUUCUUUGUUGACAGUCUCACAUCUUUAGAUAUAAACCUGGUACCAUUUGAAUGCACAGUACCUCCUGUGUGACACAGACACAGCUACACAGAAUAACUUUGGGACUUGGUUAAAACAAAAAAGAAAAAAAAAAAAGAAAAAAAUGAUACACUUGAAGCCCUGUAUGACCCUUACUGGAAAUGUAAACGACCUGGAGUAGGUAUCCUUGGCGGUAGAUGACCGGUUCCACUGAGGCUGUGUUAAAAGUGACAGUAACCGGUAGAGAUCACGGCUCCGUUGGCGCUGGAUGCAGUAGGCUGUCCGUAGUCUAAUGUUGCGAAGCUUUCGCGGGAGGCCAGUGUUUUCAGCGUUCUGGUCUUAGCUCCCCAUGCCAGGUUGCUUUACUGGUAGCCAGACAGUGUCUUAUCGAAUAGAGCGAAGUACAAGAUGAAGAUUAACUUCAGUGUUAAAUCUGAGCCUAGUAUGCUUUGUAAAAAGCUGUGUAGACCCCCUGUCACAGCUCUUACAGUUCUGUAAGCUAUUGUGCCGCGGAGGUCACUUACCCUACUACGUACACCCCUGUAAAAUUCUUUAUGAACUACUGUGUAUAAGCAGUACUUGUAAUCAAUGCAAGUAGCACAGGCCGAGGAGGCUGCAAUUGCAGUUUUUUUACAAUCUUCUUUAAUUUGAAGUAAAUUAUUUCUCUGAAUUUAUACUAUAGUUACCAGGAUUUCUGUUCAGUGGCGUAAUCCAGUAUCUUUCGCUAGCCUGUUUUUUUAAUGUACACAUGAACAUGUAUAUAGGCCUAUAUGUGUAGAUACCGUAAAUGAAAUUCUAAGCUUAUAGAGAUGCGGUAGGUGGCUUGGUAAGUAAAACUUGCGUGUUCAAUCUCGGUCGUAUGAAUUUCUGUGGUGUUACAGUUUAACUGCUUGGAGGCCUUGUAUUCAGGAUGGCAUCGGUGGGUGGUAGCGUCCUUUUCCUUAGAAUUACUGCAGCCUUAGGGGUCCUUUAAGCAGUCUAGAGUCAAGAAAAAACCAACCACCAACAAAAGCCCAAGUAAGUAUUCAAAAUCUGGUUGCGUUUUUGUCCUGCUCUGCCACAAGUAAUCUGCAAACAGCUUGGAAUGGGGACACCUUCAGUGUGUGCCGGUUACGUAGUGAGUCAGAUAACGUUCCUGUUUAUUUCCUCUUCCUGUACAACGAGUCUGGCUGUAGUUUGAGGUCUUACCCGUGAGCAGGCGGUGACAACCGGUUAGCUCUCCAGCGUGGUUCCGAAAUGAGCUAAACCUCGUGUCAGAAACUCUUUGGCUGUUCUCCUGAGAUGCCUGCUCUGGGCUGCAGACCUCAUUGCUCUCUCUGUGAACGUGAGCUUUUAUUUUAUUUACUCCCCCCCUCCCCGGAGUGCUUCAAAAAUCAAGCUCCCGUAUACACGAGGAUUUCUCCUUUUCUUUUUUUUUUUUUUGCAGCUGCCUUUUCUGACUUGAACUGGGGCACAAUGUAAAUACUGCUGUAGUAAAUAUGAAGCUAGAGAGUUCCUCCUUUUUGUGUGUGUGUGAUUAGUAUAAAUUCAAGGCUUAUGAAACUGCCUGUUGAUGUGUUGUACUGAGUCUUGGAAGACUUAAAGUAAAAUUGCUUGAUUUCACUAAGAUUUACAAGCAUCUUUUCUGUUGUUUGAGUUUAAUGCCGACAUUUUAGUGAGAAAUCUUUAUAUGAGUCAAAGUUCUGCAACCAAGAACAGAGCGCUGUAAUUAAAAGUUGUUUUAAAAUGUGUUUACAUUUAAACUAUUGGAAGAUUUAUUAUUAGGGACGUCAUUCAGGUAUUCUCAGAGCUUGUAGCCUUAUGUAUUAGAAUUAUAGUUAAAAAAAACCCUAAAAAGUAUCCACUUGUCCAUGCAAGUGAUACAAUUGUCCUCGUGUCUUAAUGGGGCUGGGGAAUUGUGGUGUGCGAGGCUAGUUAGCUGUAUUAAAAUAUUUCUAUUGCGGCUUUAAGACAAUUAUUUAAAUACACUCUGCGGAACUGAAGAAAUUAAUUUAAGGAAUGAAUUCAGGGAGUGUGAACCAGCACAGAUAGGUCUUGCUCUUUGUGCUUUUGGAGAGAUGCUUGUCCUGGCAUCAGUGACCCAAGAACAUGGAAAAAGAUGGGAUUAUAACGUGUAUGUGGCUUCUGAAAGUGAGCCGGGCAGUUCCUUAAACUGAGCAGAGACAGUUCCCGCUGACAAGCUCACGGGUUUCAGGCAGGACUUUACAACUCUCUUUCCAAACCGAUGUUACAGCCUUGCCCGUUCCCGGUCCCGCUGCGGGCAGAUGUUCGGGUCGAGGCGGCGUUAGUGAAGAGUUUACGCUGGAACGCGGAAGACGGUUAAGAUGCCGUGAGGCUUCCAAGGUGGAUGAGGAAUUCGGCACUACCUUGUGCGAUUAAGGACUGGUCUGUUUCAAAAUCAGCUGUUCAUAUUGUGACACUGUCCAUGUUAAAAUAUACCUUUGGCCUUGAAAAUGACAUGCUUGUGCAAAACUUCUUUACAAAUACAGUGCUACAAAUAUACUACGUGUAAGAUACAGGUCACUAUAUACUUUUCACAGAAGCAUAUGGUCACUUAAAUACAAGCAACUGGUAAUUCAUUAAUGGAUAUUGCCGAUACAUUCCUAGUAUUUUGACUCAUGUAGAGUCAGGUGGUCUAUACCUUCAAGGUAUAUACAGCUGAUCUUAGUAACAUUAACAUCUGCCUCACUUCUUAUGAGGCAAAAAGCACAUAAAUGCUUCCAUCUUCACCUAGAUACCACACAAGACCAAAAAUUAGACGUAAACUAAGUGUUUUAAGUUAGCCGUUUCUUGGCUUUAUUCUGUGUUGGUAGCACAAUAUUAGAUGCAGUGGCAGAACUGUAAUAUUGUGGGAUUUCUCAGCGUAAAGCACACAUACUUAUCACUUUAAGCUAAAAAAUAGUAGUAUUGGUUACUGUACAAGUAACAGGUUUUGCAUUCACAGGAAGCUUUGUUUACUGUCUGUAAUGUGAUGUUUAUCUUUGGCCCUGUUCCUCCGGUACCUCUUACCCUGUCGACUGUUUUAGUGUCAUAGAAAUUAAAGGAUUUGACGAGUUGUUUUCCUUGUCUGCUUCCGAAGUUCCAGAGGCUGGUGCUGCCUGGGGUGGACACGUCGGCGGGUGCUGCGGGGUGACGCUUUCUCCGGCCUGUCACCUGGAGUGACCAGUGCGAAGGGGGCUGCAGCCCUCCUCUGUCCUGCCGGCGCUCUCCUGCUGGCCCGUACGUCUCUGCAGCCGCUGAUGCCACUUCAGGGGCUCGCAUCUGCCCACUGCUGCGUAGCAAAGAUGAGGUGGCCCUUUUCUUAAAGAAUUUACAAUCUCAAUUAGAGGAAUAAGGUAGAAACAAAGAGCAAUUGGUUCUUCAUGCAUCUGAGUUUCCUUGAAUUUUUGAAGAAUGUUCUGGGUUAUUUUUCUUUCUUUUCCUCCUCUUCCAGAAGCGGGAUGGGCUCAGGUGGCGUCCGUGCAGGAGCUGAGCCUUGUGCUUAGUGGACUAGCAUCUACCAUUUUGAAAUAACAAAUACAGGAAAACAGCUAAAUCCUGUUAUUUUAAAACCAGAGUAUAUGUAAACCAGCAAUUUUUUUUAAUCUAGGGAAAGGCAUUUAAGCAGAGACAGUACACUCUGGCCAUGUUAAUAACCUCUUUAAAAAGAAAUGUGCUUAGUUUUGUUUAAAAAAGAGUUGAUGUGAACUGUGCACCUUUAAGGAAAUAAGAUCCCCUACCCCCUAGCGUCAGUGUGUCUGUUGUUGGUUUAGUGCUGGCUGGAGACGAUAUAGCAAACGCUGCCUUCCUCCCCGGCCCCUCUAUUUCAGGAGCCGAAACCUUGAGCUGAAUAUUGAGCGUACCGUUGGUGAAGGGGCAGGUUAUUUCAGUCGCAUUUAACAGCAUUGGAACUUUAGCAAAGAUGCUGCUUUUGAAUUCAUCCCAUUCAGGGAGAGCAAUGGAAGCCAACAGCCAUCACCCAGGUGGUGAUGACCUCUGCCACCACCUUCUGCCUUGCCCAGCGCCGUUACCUCAGGCAAACAGCCUCUGGCGCUGCCACAGGAGGUGGUGAUGCUCCAUUUCUGCCCAAGGCGUGGGGAGAUCAGCCCGUGGUUUGUCCGUCUGCCGCACACAGUUCUAGCUGCGGAACUGGGGUACUUCCGACUGGGAUCGCAGACUCUCAGGGUUCUCAGGUGAUGGCUGUGCAUGUUCUUCAACUGUAGCUCUUCACUUUCAGCUCCGUUUUCGUUGGGACUAAGAAAUCCUUCAGGAUUUCCUGGUGGUGCGUUUGUGCAGGCCCUUCUGCGUUUGAAUGGCUCCUUGCUCUCUCCAGAACGCUGCACGGUUCUGGGUAGACCACGCAGAAUCACAGAACGGUAGCGGUUGGAAGGGACCUCUGGAGACCAUCUCGUCCACAUCCAGAGAGAAUCUGCUACAAGUUUUGAUCUAACAACUAAAGCCUGACAAUACUGGUCAGAACUGUAGGAAGGAGAACACAUCUUGUGGGGAAUUAACACUAAAUGUGGCUUCCAGAGUCCCCACUGUGCCCGAUAACUGGGGGGUGGAAAUGACACGGAGCUCACCUGUGCAGUCUGUUUUCAAUGCUUUUUCUAGUCAAUCUUUAAAAUUCCAUAUUGCUAAAAUUAUAUCUAAAAUCCUUAGGUUCAUGAAAUUCAGGGGCUGAUGAAACUUUUUUUCCUAAAUCUGGACUUAAUUCUUGAAGACGUCUAACAUCUUGGCUUGCUUUACUCUAUGUUUUCAAGUCGUUCUCUACCUUACUCAGUGACGCUGAUGUUAAGAACAGAUUCUUUUCUUGACGUAAACAAAAUGUGAAAUAACAGAAUAAGAAGAAUCUGCGUAGGUGCGUAAGAACACACACCAGCAGGAAACUUAAAUGGGAAGGGUUUUUUUUUUUUUUUUUUUGAAACAAUUCACAGUUGAAGCACCUCAGACUAUUCUUUCAAAGAGUGAGAAGAAACACGUGUAUCGUUAGUAUAUGAAAGUUAAUUGUAUGUUCUCCAAAUAUGCCAGUAAUUCACUAGCAUUGAAAAGAACUUUGUAAGUUCUUCUAAAAACUGGUUUUGUGUUUCACAGGGCAACAGUAUCCUUGACUUCAGAUUUGCAGACGCCUGUGAACUUGUGAAGAUGCCUCUUGGUAGCAGAAAACCUGAGGAUGCUUGCUUGUUCUGUGUCACCACAUUUUUUUGAAGUAACUUUUUCAUUGUUUUGCUCAUAGAUUAUUAUAGAAGGUGACUCCACACAGGGAAAGUGAUAGUGUAAGAAAUAUCUUGUAAAUGUUGACAAUCCUGACACAUCUAAAGCCAAGGGAUUUAAAAGCUGUGUCUGCAUUAAGACCUCACAUAAAUAUAGAAGUGAGGGAAUCCCAGUUUUUAAAGACUUCAGGUAUCCACCUGUUCAUUUGUACCUACCUGAGCACUUUGCGAUACUGCUUUUAAAUGUUUGUUGUAUAUUAACCUCAGCGUUGCUUUUGCUUCUAUGCCCCAUUACAGUAAGUUUUAUAGUCGGCAUCACUGGAUGAAGCUGCUUUCACAAACAGUGCUUUAUUUUGCACUCCUCCUAUGUUCAGUGCUCCCACAGAUACCAGCUAGUGCAGUAUUGGGGCACUUGCUUUGAUUUUGACGUAUUUCUUUUCCUGCAUGAUCUAUACAAAAACAGUCCCUGCUUAGAAAUGUUCUUCCAGUAAGAAAACGUUAGUAUUUAUUCAUUCGUUUGUCCUUGAUCUGUUUUUUACCACUAGAGACCGUUAAAACAAUCCUGUCAUUAGAGUGGGUCCUCUAACAACUUACCAAGAGCUCAUGAAGUCUGAAUUAGGCGUGAGGUGGGAAUGGUUUAGUCAUUGCACAUAGAAGUGCUUUUAACCUUCAGUGGUGUGAGGGAGCCGGGCCCCCUCUCGGUGAGAGCGCGGUGCUCGUACAGCUGGUUUCAGCUGGCGGUUACUGCUGGCGUUCCCUGGAACCGCUCCACUUACCUUCCUUGGAAUUUGUAGAGAAAGGCUGCAGCUCCCGACGUGCCUUCCUGCCUCACUCCACUGGAGAUGGAGACGCAUCGUUCCUGUGUGCUGGCGCUGCGUAACUCGCGUGUUGAUCAAAGUCAAACUUUGCGUGGUGCCAAGGUGACUCUCCACGCGUUUUCUGUGCCUCCUGUGCUUCAUGCGUAUGAGCAUGUUCCGGACCUUCUCUCUCCAAUGUAAAAUGACCGUUCAGAAACGCGGGGUGAUGGCGGUUCCUAUAUUGUGAAUACGAUGGAUGUGUUUAAAUGCUUAAGGAGAAAAUUAACUGGUGCAUGACUUCUGUUUUCCCACUCUGGGCCAAAAUAGACUCACAAAAUUCAGUGCAAGUAACCAAGUAACUUUCUCCUCCCGGGCUUUAUGUAACAAAACCAAGUUGGGCCACUUUUUUUUUUUUUUUUUUUUUUUUUUUUUAAGUAGGUGUCAGAGUAUUUGUCUUAUUUGGCCUGACUUCUAUUGCUUUAAAAACAAAUGGAUAGAAAAUGAAGAUACAUUUGGGUCAUGGAUUUGAAAUCUUAAAGUCUAUGAGACAUGUACACAAAAAAAAAAGGCUGGAUUUCCUUGUGGGAUUAGGGACCCAACCCUGCAUUACCUAAACAGAAAAUGCACAUUGCUCUCAUCUUCACGAAGCUUUGGCGCUGAAAUUCCCGCUGAGGAGACAGAGAAUGUUGUCAGAGCGCUGCUGGCCUCUCGUCGGGUGGGAUCAGCUUCGCGUGGACCUGGGUGACGCGACCGUAAAACCACAGGUUUCUAUGUUUCUGUGGAUGUUGUGGCUGCCGGCGCUGUGACAAUGGCAGCAGACAGCUUCUGUCACGGACUUCCAGGUUUUUCAGUGCAGUGUUACUGGUUCAGAUUUCCAUUCACAAAAAAAAAAAAAAAAAUUACGCACAAUCUGAAGGGCGUGUGAGGCUGAGGGAUGUUAACUGGAAUCGGUGUCCCCUCGUGUCCGGUUUGUGCUUAGGGCUCUGUAAACUCUGCCGUCUUGAGCACCUGGGGUUUCUUUCACAUGGCUGUAUCGUGGAGCUGAAAAACUACGCUUUUAGCGUUAUUUCUGUGUACACACCUUCUCCCCACCAAACCCUUCCCCGUUUAUUUUUCGGUCAUCCAGAAAUAUGUUUUAUAAUGCUCUCAGCUGUGGAUACUUUGCUGUGCUACAAAACUCAAUGAAAACACUUGCCGCCUUAGUCAGGUUGAAUUUUUUGUGAAAAGCAGUGGUAAUGUGGUUUUUUUUGUUUGUUUGAAAUGUUACACAGAAUGUUUUGUAGGAAUAUUUUUUUUUACUGUGUUUUCAAUAAAGUUAAAGUGUGAUUCA